UUGACACUUUUGAAAAAAAAAAAACAUUUUUAAAAAUGAAGUACCCAUAUUCAGAUAUUUAUUUUAGGAUUGAAUAUUUUUAGAAUGUUUUAAAUUUCCUUGAUAAACAUUAUUCUUGCGCCAUCUAUGUACUUGCGAAAGAAGCUGAUACUAGCGCCAUCUAGCGGCAAUACAUUAUUAACAUUUCUGUUAAUUUUACAGAGCUGGAAAUAGGCUGGCUGUUUGAACGAGAGUUGCCAGAUGAAUUUUAACGUUGCCUUGGUAACGGUUUUCACUUGAUUUUAUUGUCAAAAGAAAAUAAAAACAAAUAUAAAGGACUUAGCAAGACAAAAUAAUAAUGUUUCGUCGCGGAAAACUAUCCUUUCUAAACACCAAAGAUGACCGAGUUAAAAUAAUAAACGAGCGCAUUAACAUAACAGAAAGGCAUCUAAUGGAGAUGUGCUCUUCGUUUGCCUUGGUAACGCGGAAAAUGGCCAAAUAUCGAGACUCCUUUGAUGAGUUGGCCAAGAGUGUGAAGAGCUAUGGCGACGACGAGGAAAUCAACGAGAGUCUCUGUCAGGGUCUGAAGAGCUUCACCAAUGCGGUUACCAUAAUGGGUGAUUAUAUGGACAUCAAUGUACACCGAUUGGAACACAAGAUUGUCAACGAGUUGGCGCAAUUCGAGCAGCUUUGCAAGUCCACAAGGGACAAUCUUCGACUGGCUGUCAUAGCGCGGGAUAAGGAGGUACUACGUCAGCGCCAGAUGCUUGAGCUCAAGUCCAAGUUUUCUGCGAACAAUAGUGCCGCUGAUUCGGAGCUGUUUAAGGCCAAAAUGGAGGUGCAGCGCACAAACAAGGAGAUAGACGACAUUAUUGGCAACUUCGAGCAGCGGAAGUUGCGCGACUUGAAGCAGAUAAUCAGCGAUUUUAUACUGAUCUCCAUGAAGCAGCACACCAAGGCAUUGGAGAUCCUCAGCGCAAGCUGCUAUGAUAUUGGAACCAUUGAUGAGCGCGACGAUUUCCUAGAGUUUCAGAAACUCAUGAAGACCAAGGAAGAGCCGGCUUCCAGGAAAACUGCGCUCAAAAAGGGACUGCGCUCCCAGUCGAUGGAUAGCUUGGAACACGAGCACCUGGUCAGUCCGCUCAAGAGGCGCCAGAAGUUGUCCAGGAGCAAUAAAAAUCUGACAGGAGCCGGAAUCAAUCAUGGAAGUAAGACAGAACCCGAAGAUGAAACCGACGAGCAGGAUGAAGAGGAUGAUGAUGAAGAUGAGGAAACCGAGCAAAGUGCCGAUGAGGAAGAGGAAUCUGGAACGGCAACGGAUGACGAGAGGGAGUCCACGCAGCCGGGCAACCAGGUCACACCGCGGGAGAAUGUUUUUGGGGCCAAGAUCCGAACUGCCAGCAAGGAUAUAGCCACGCCAUCGACCAGCGCCAGUGCUCCUUCGAAGCCCAGCAGACAAACGGUCAAACAUCCCUUCAAGGCGGUGGCCUCCACCCAUGUGAGGAAGCACAAAUCGGGAACUGGUCGCCUGGUAACCGUUGUUAAAUCGAAGUCCUGAACACCCAAAUAACAGGGAAUUUACA